UGUGUGUACACACGAUAAAUGUACAACAACGUUUAACUGUAACGCGAUGUUUUAUGCACCCAUGAGGAAGCAGCUACUUAACUCUCGGAUUCGAAGGGAAAGUUUGCCCUUCGGCCUAAUCAGACCAUUUCCGCUAUCAACUAGCCCAGAGCGUACCAAUAACAAUAAUGUGCAAAUGCUGAGAUGCGAGUUGUGUUUGUAGGAAGGUUAUUUGCAACAUAUGCCGAUCCAAGUAACUAUUCUUAUAAUUUGUGUAUUUUGUUGACAGAGAACAAGUGAAUGAUGUGUCUUCUUGUGAAAGUUUUUGUUGUGGGAUUUCUCUUAGAAGCUUGUGAAACUUAUACAGGUAUCUAUAAAAAAAAACUCGUAUAAUGACUACAUAUAGUCCUUCAUAACAAAUUGAUGGACGACGAGUUUUUAAAUCAAAAGUCGAAUAAAAUACCGUAGUUUAAACUAUCAUAAACGUUACUCUUAAAAAUUAUGACAAUAUCUCAACGUUAUUGGAAGAGAAGACAUUUUGCUAAUUUGACACCGAUUUUUGCAAGAAGCAUAAUGCAGACGGCUGUGAUUUGCUGAGGUUGGCCACAUAAAAUGAUGUAAUUUGGCCAACUGGAUCUGCCCCCAGGUCUUAGGUGUUUGACAGCUGUGUUGUAAAUGAAGGCCACAAAAUGGCGAAUUUGUUCGACGAGAUCUCCCAGCGGCUGGACUUCUCCAACUGUGGAAAGGAAGGCAGUGACGAUGGCAGCCAUAGCAGCAGCAGCUGCAACAGCGACAACAACUCUGAUGACUGCACAUCCAGGAUGCCAAGUCCCAGCAGCCCUGCGUGCAGGACACCCAGGGUGCAGCGCCACCGCAGUCGAAACAACACCUUAUCGUCACCUUUGAGCUGCACCAGCCCCAUUCCUUUUGCCUCUUGGAAGAAGCUGAGGCUUUGUGAUUCCCCCAGCACACCAAAGAGUCUGUUGUCCAAGUCAUCGCAGCCUUUUUCCACUGCUAAAAUAAAUCGACAGCCAAGGACCCUGCGUUUCACCUCGGCUGUUGCAAGCCUCAUCCGGGCACCUUCAGUCAAUGUGAACCCUUUCACCCCCCAUUCGGAGCGCAGGUUCAGUGAGCAGCAGCAGCAGUGGAAAAGCAGCCACAGGAGUGAUACUGAUGCGGAUUAUGGGCACAGGAUGAAACACAGCCUAACAUCAUCAGAAGAAGAUGACGAAGCCUUCCUUCCGCCAAAGAGGCAAGCUGUCCAAGCCCUCAUGUUGUCACGCUACGAGAGUGAGUUCCUGGAGCUAGAGCGUAUUGGCGUGGGCGAGUUUGGAACCGUUUACAAGUGUGUGAAGAGGCUGGAUGGUUGCCUGUAUGCCAUCAAACGAUCCCGACGGCCCCUCGCAGGCUCUGCGAACGAGCAACUGGCUCUGAAGGAAGUGUAUGCACAUGCAGUUCUUGGCCACCAUCCCCAUGUGGUCCGCUAUUAUUCUGCGUGGGCCGAGGAAGACCACAUGAUUAUUCAGAAUGAAUACUGUAAUGGUGGAAGUCUCAGUGAUGUCAUCAGGACAAAGGAGAUGCAGGGGGAGAUAUUUUCUAGUGCCGAGUUGAAAGAUUUGCUUUUGCAAAUCUCCAUGGGUCUGAAGUACAUCCACAGUUUAGGACUUGUGCAUCUGGACAUCAAACCAAGUGUGGGGGAGAGUGAGGAAGAGGAGGACGAAGGAAGUCGCCCAGCAGGGGUUGUGUACAAAAUUGGAGAUCUGGGGCAUGUGACAUCAACCAAUAACCCUCAAGUUGAGGAAGGGGACAGCCGCUUUUUAGCCAAGGAGGUUCUUCAUGAGGACUACACCCAUCUUCCCAUGGCAGACAUCUUUGCUUUGGGCCUUACCGUGCUGCUGGCAGCGGGGGCUCCACCAAUGCCCCAAAAUGGAGAUGAGUGGCAUCGGCUCCGAGAGGGCAACCUUCCCAUGCUUCCAAGGGAGCUCUCUGCUCCCUUCAGAGGGCUGCUUCAGUUGUUGUUGGAUCCAGACCCCACCAAACGGCCCUCAGCCAGAGAGCUUUGCAAGCACAGUGUCUUAAGGCAGGAGAGGACUGGAAGACUGGCGGCUCAGCUACGCCGAGAGCUAAAUGUAGAAAAGUUCAGGACAGCCAUGCUUGAAAAGGAGCUCCAGGAGGCACGCCAGGCUGCUCUGUCCCCGAAGAGCCCACUGGCUGGCUUGAAAUUUACUGGAAAGACGGGGUCACUGCCAAGGUCUGGGAGGAAGGUUGUGGGUAGAAAGACUGCACGGUCCAUGAGCUUUGGUUGUCCAGGGUAUGAAGUGUGAUGGGAGGAAGCCCGAUCCACAAGCUCGUCCUGUUGUGUGCAUACAACUGUUUUGCUGGUUCUGUAAAUGAUUGCAGUCGGUGGCAAGUACUACACCAGAGUUCCUCGCUAUUUUUGUUUUUAAACUGUGAAUAAACAUUUUAAGGGUUUUA